CCUAAUUCUUAUUAGCAGUCCCAGCUGCCAGGCUGACUUCCCACCAUGCUGCACUUCACCUUUCCUCUUUCCAGGCAGAUUUUGCUGAAAAGGAGAAUCUUUUCCCCGUGUUGUAGGCGGCUGGCGGCGAUGUCUUCUCUACUCAUAAACCAGCCGCAGUAUUCCUGGCUGAAGGAGCUGGGACUGAGAGAAGACAACGACGGGGUGUACAAUGGGACAUGGGGAGGAAAAGGAGAGGUGGUAACAUCAUAUUGCCCUGCAAACAAUUUCCCUAUCGCUCGAGUUAGGCAGGCCACUCUUGAAGAGUACAAUGAAACAGUUAUCAAGGCUCAGGAGGCCUGGCAGGUCUGGGCUGAUGUCCCUGCUCCAAAACGUGGAGAAAUAGUGAGACAGAUCGGUGAUGCACUCCGAAAAAAGAUCAACGUUCUUGGAAAUCUGGUUUCUCUAGAAAUGGGAAAGAUUCUGGUAGAAGGUGUUGGAGAAGUCCAAGAGUAUGUUGACAUCUGUGACUAUGCAGUUGGACUUUCCCGUAUUGUCGGAGGACCCAUAUUACCUUCAGAAAGACCUGGGCAUGCCCUGAUUGAACAGUGGAAUCCUGUGGGUUUGGUUGGAAUUAUCACUGCCUUUAAUUUUCCAGUUGCCGUCUAUGGCUGGAAUAAUGCUCUUGCUUUGGUCUGUGGGGACGUCUGUCUAUGGAAGGGCGCACCAACCACAUCGCUUACCAGUGUGGCAGUAACAAAGAUAGUUGCUCAAGUUCUAGAAGACAAUAAAUUGCCUGGUGCAAUCUGCUCUUUGACCUGUGGUGGUGCCGACAUUGGCAAUGCUAUAGCGAAGGAUGAGCGUGUGGGUUUGGUUUCUUUCACUGGCAGCACAAACGUGGGGAAACAAGUAUCUUUGAAGGUUCAAGAAAGGUUUGGACGCAAGUUACUUGAGCUUGGGGGAAACAAUGCAAUCAUUGUGUUUGAAGAUGCUGAUCUUAAUUUGGUCACCCCAUCUGUCCUGUUUGCUGCUGUGGGUACUGCAGGUCAGAGAUGCACCACAGCCAGACGCUUGUUCUUGCAUGAAAGUAUCCAUGAUGACAUUGUUCAGAAACUCUCCAAAGCCUAUGCGCAAGUGCGUAUCGGGGACCCCUGGGAAUCUGACACGUUAUGUGGACCUCUACACACUAAGCAGGCUGUGGAAAUGUACCUUUCCGCCAUUGAGCAAGCAAAAUGUGAAGGUGGCACCGUUGUGUGUGGUGGUAAGGUAAUUGAUCGUUCAGGAAAUUUUGUUGAACCAACCAUCAUGACGGGCCUUGCUCAUGACUCCCCAAUCGUUCACAAGGAAACAUUUGCUCCGAUACUUUACGUUCUAAAAUUCAAGACUGAAGAAGAGGCUUUUGCGUGGAAUAAUGAGGUUAAGCAAGGUCUGUCGAGCAGCAUCUUUACAAAGGACUUGGGAAGGAUUUUCCGCUGGCUUGGGCCAAAGGGAUCAGACUGUGGUAUAGUAAACGUCAAUAUUCCAACCAGUGGAGCCGAAAUUGGUGGAGCUUUUGGUGGUGAAAAACACACAGGUGGUGGAAGAGAGUCUGGAAGUGAUUCCUGGAAACAUUAUAUGAGAAGGUCAACAUGUACCAUCAACUACAGCAAGAAUUUGCCAUUGGCACAAGGCAUAAAGUUCCAGUAAAUGUCCAGUAGGUGGCUGUCUAGUUAUAGAACAAUGUGGUGGAAAGCAUCAAGGUCAAUCAUUGCAGAUUGCAGACGUUUAUAUGAAAUGACUUCAUCAUUUCACAAUGAGAAAUUUCCCUAAUAAAACGUGGCACAAGUGUUCCUUACUCAAAUUUUUGCAGGGAAAAAUUUUAAUUUUCACUACAGAAGACAGACUGUCACAAUUGCUACAGCAGACAUUCACAGAGGAUCCUGUCAGGCUGCUGAAAAUUGCCAUCUCCUGUGUCUGUGGUCAUUAAUGUUUUAGCAGCUGAACACUGGAUAUGUUCUGGAGCUGACACAACGUUUGUACUUUUACUUGUUUAGUAAAAAAAUAAAUAAAUAAAUCUG